AUGGCUCUCCGCUACCUCUCUCUUCUCCUCGUCCUCCUUGCGGCCUUCGCGCUGACCGUCGCUGCUGCCGAUCCCACGGCUCCCCGCGUCACGCAAAUCACUCCUGAUGGUACCACCCGUGGCGCCAGCGUUACCACCAGCCGGCGCGCCUUGGCCGAAUCACCGGCACCCAAGCGGAUCUUCGAGGCGUAUCCUGACACGAGCCUCGCCAAGAAGAUGAAAGACAAGGCCGCGAAAAUGGCGAGCGAUGCCGUUCUCGACGCGAUUAAGGUAAUGCGAGACCCCAUCAAGGCGGCCAAGGACCCGGAGAAGCAGAAGGCGUUGGUGAGGGCUGCGGCGAAGAAGGCGGCGAAAGCGCUCGCGAAUGCCAUGUUUCCCGGCCACGCGGGGGCGGUAACCGCGGCGUUCUAUGUUAACCAGUACGUGGUGCCGUUGCUGGAAGCUGAGAUCAAGAAGCGCCUUAUUAAGCAUGGUGCUGCUGCUGGGGCCAGAUAUCGACUAGUGGCUCUUUCCAGUGGGGAAGAGGGUAGAUGGGGGGAUGGGAUAUAUGGAGGCGUAUAG